CGGCAGUGUCAGUGCUACGUUACUUGUUCAUUGAAGUGGUUAUCAUUCUCCGACUAUUUUCGUCAUCGUUUUGAGUUCACAGCUAUCGUUCAACGCACUUAUUGCGAAGCGAUCAUUCAUAGAAGCUCCAAUCGGGAAACAGAAAAGAAAAGAGGGCUUCAGCAUGGAAUGUGUUCGGUCUCUGUGGAGUUAUGCCUCCAGAUGUUUCACUUGCCAAGAAGAUUCUUCCACUCAGGGUAACGAACCAAGCGAACGAACUCAUUUGCUAGCCGAUCCUGUUAGCAAUAGUCCAGCUGUACGUCGGGACAACGAUACAUUUACGCAGGAGUAUCCCAAUUCAGUGCCCAAGAAAGAUGAACAGUCAGCAUUGGCAAAAAUUUUACAAGAAACUUCUGAAAAUAUCAUAGAUGUGGCAGCAAUGGAUACGCAAAAGCUAGAGGCUAGUGAGUAUAACGAUAGGAUCAAGCUGUACACACAGCGUCUACAGCAGCAGUGGAGUAAUGUAAACCACCCGAACCAGACAGAGAACUCAAGCCUGCUGAAGGAUAUACCCAAUCCAGAGCCAGUGUUAGCUUCCAUACCGAUUGCUUCGGACGAUCUGGCCAUGAUUAAAAGUAUGGUACAAAAAGCUAAUGUUGCUGUAUCGGAGAUAAAGGUGACCCAUACGGAAAAUCUUGUCGUACCUUUCCGAAUUCCAUAAUAUUACGCCGUCAAGCGGAAUUUGUAAAUUUAUGUUCACGUUAUACUGUGUUGGUCUUCUGUUUGUUCGUGAAAUGUCUGCUGGUUUGUCGCAUUCGAUUACGAAUAAUCGGCGAUUACAAUUUCUGCACGCAUGGACAUACGUAGAGAUAUACUCAGAAUCAACUGUUUAUUACUAUCAUUGCUCUAAUCGUCGGCUUAAGAUUACCAUAUAAUCAAAUUUUGUAAGCGAUGCAUAAAAAAGUGUAAAUUGAAAAAAAGAACAAACGCCGGAAUACCACAGCAGAUAAGCAUUAAAUCGAAGCGAGCUUGUUGUACUUGAAGCUUUCGAAUCUAUAUUGUUAAGGAAUAUAAA